AUGUCUGAUCCUUUUAACGACAACAGUCCGUUCAGAGAUGAACCCUCUGUUCCCAAUGCUGCUUUUACAAGUGAUAGAAGCUCUCCAAGAAGAUAUCGACCAUCAGUUUCUGAUGAAGAUAGUGAGGAAUUCAUGGCUUUUCCUAAUUCUACCCAAUCACCACCACCAAGACAAUCACCAAAUAUCUUUGCAAGAAGUGCUCAUAUUCAAAGGAGUAGAUUGGGGACCACUCCUAAUCUUCUGUACAUGAAUAACACUACCAACAACCAUGUGAUAUCGUCCGUGUCUACUUCGCCUGUCAGUUCUCCUCUUCGGUCACCAACGGCCUUUGAUAGUCCCACUGCAAGAGCUCAUUUUGCUUCAAGGGAGUCACCAACUCGCCAAAGGGCUACAGAAGUUAUAAUCAGUGAUGACGAUGAUGACGAAGAAGAGUUUGGGAGAAGCCAUGGUUCUCCAAGAAGAUCUCUUUUCAACAAUUCUUCUUCAACUAAGAGUGAACGAUUUUUGGAGCCUCCAGAACCAAUAUUCUCUCCUGAAAGCUUUGCUGAAGCAAAUAGUGAAGUUGAGCAAGCAACAAUUGUUAGCGAAAGUUGUCCUGAAAAGUAUGAUUACGACUCUUAUCAAAGGGAGUUUGAAGAACAAUCACUUUGUUCUGAAAAUACUGCUUACAGCGGUUCGUCCUACGUUUCCAACCCAACUAGUGGGGAGGAGAAGGAUUUCUUCAAUGCUUCCAUAGAUAGAAAUGUGAUGGAGCAUAUUAACAAUGGGUAUGUUCCAAAGAGAGAAAAGACUAUCACCAGAAGAAAGGUCAGGCUUGUAGGUGGGAAAACGGGCAAUCUUGUACUUGAAAAUCCAAUUCCAGAAGAUUUGAAGAAAGUUUUGACCAGAACAGAAUCACCUUUUGGUGAAUUCACAAGCAUGUCUUACACAGCUUGUACUUCUACACCGGAUGCAUUUGCCGAAGAAGGAUUCACACUUAGAGCUUCUAAAUUUGGAAGAGAAACAGAAAUUGUCAUUUGCAUUACCAUGUACAAUGAAGAUGUCUUUUCGUUUGCAAGGACAAUGCAUGGUGUUAUGAAGAAUGUUGCACAUUUAUGUUCCAGAAAUAAAUCUAGUGUUUGGGGUAAAGAUUCUUGGAAGAAAAUCCAAGUUAUUAUUGUUGCAGAUGGUAGAAAUAAAGUCAACGAUCAAGUCUUGCAAUAUUUGACAGCAACUGGUUGCUAUCAACACAAUUUGGCAAGGCCAUAUGUCAAUAACAAGCAAGUUACUACUCAUUUGUUUGAAUAUACAACACAGAUUUCUAUUGAUGAGAAUUUGAAGUUUAAAGGUGACGAAAAAAGUUUGGCUCCUGUUCAAGUAUUAUUUUGUUUGAAGGAAAGAAAUCAAAAGAAGAUCAAUUCACAUAGAUGGCUCUUCAACGCCUUUUGUCCUGUAUUGGAUCCAAAUGUUAUCAUAUUGUUAGAUGUAGGUACAAAACCUGAUAAUCAUGCAAUUUACAACUUGUGGAAGGCAUUUGAUAGAGAUUCUAACGUGGGAGGUGCAGCAGGUGAAAUUAAAGCGAUGAAGGGUAAAGGCUGGGUUAAUUUGACAAACCCUUUGGUAGCCUCUCAAAACUUUGAAUAUAAAAUGUCAAACAUUUUGGACAAACCUCUUGAAUCGUUAUUUGGAUACAUUUCAGUUUUACCUGGUGCCUUAUCAGCAUAUAGAUGGAUUGCAUUGAAGAACCAUCCUGAUGGAUCUGGUCCAUUGGCAGCAUAUUUCAAAGGUGAAGACCUUUUAAGUGAUCACCAUAGUACAAAUUCAAAGAGAAAUUUCUUUGAGGCAAACAUGUACCUUGCAGAAGAUCGUAUUCUUUGUUGGGAAUUGAUUGCAAAGAGAAAUGAAAAUUGGGUUUUGAAAUUUGUUAAGCUGGCUACUGGAGAAACCGAUGUUCCUGAAACCGUUUCUGAAUUUAUUUCUCAACGUCGGCGGUGGAUUAAUGGUGCAUUUUUUGCUGCAUUGUAUUCCCUUAGUAACUUCAGAAAAGUUUGGAGUACCAGACAUUCUUCUAUGAGGAAGUUUUGGUUACAUUUUGAAUUCGUUUACCAAUUUGUGACUAUGGUAUUCUCAUUCUUUUCAUUAGCCAAUUUCUACCUUAUUUUCUACUUCUUGACAGGAUCUUUGACGGAUUCUCCCAACAUCGACCACAGGGCUGGGUUUUGGAUUUUCACCCUAUUCAAUUAUUUGGUAAUAGCUUGUUUGACUUCAUUAUUUGUUGUUUCUAUUGGGAAUCGUCCUCAAGCUUCAAAGAAUAUUUUCAAAACUUUGAUCAUUCUCCUUACAAUAUGUGCAUUAUACUCAUUCAUUGUUGGUAUUUUCUUUGUGUGUAACACCAUUCGUGAAUUCGGAAUGGGAAAUACCUCCACAUAUGUAUUUGUGAGUAUUGUGGUGUCAAUGCUUUCAACAUAUGGUCUCUAUGUUCUUUGUUCAAUCUUAUACUUGGACCCCUGGCACAUGAUUACGUGCUCGCUCCAGUACUUCCUUAUGAUUCCAUCUUACACUUGCACACUACAAAUAUUUGCCUUCUGUAACACACACGAUGUUUCAUGGGGUACUAAAGGUGAUAACAAACCUAAGGAAGACAAGUCCAAUCAAUACAUUAUUGAAAAGAACAAAGACGGUGAGUUUGAAGCUGUUGUGGUCGACACAAAUAUUGAUGAGGAUUAUCUUGACACUUUAUACAGUAUUCGGGCCAAGAGAUCAAAUAUGAAGGUGCCUACUCCCAAAGAGACGACCCUGGAACUUGCUGGAGAAGACUACGCUAAAGAUGUUAGAACAAAAGUCGUCCUUUUCUGGAUGCUUGCAAAUCUUAUUUUUAUUAUGACAAUGCUUCAGGUAUACAGUGCUGGAGAUACCAGUUCCAACUAUUAUUUGGGUUUUAUUUUAUGGUCAGUUGCAGCUCUUGCAUUAAUCCGUGCUAUAGGAUCAAUUGGAUACCUUCUUCAUCAAAGUGCCCGGUUAUUUGUGGAGACCAGAAGUAAAUGGAACCACAAGAGAGCUGGCUACGCAAGACCCAAUGUUAAUGCAUUAAACUAA